GUUUAGCACGCAGGAUCAGCUCCGAGGGAGAAGCUCGGUCCGUCUCUUUUACCUCGCGCUAGGUAGUAGUAGCUCCGCCGCAAUCGUACGUGCCACGGGUCACACGCGUCCGUCAAACAGUUACGUACAACCUACUAACAUUCAUUUUCGUAUAACCGCGGAUCGGAAUUCGCCCGGUGCCCUCCUCGAUCCUCCGACGCGUCCUCGGACAUCCUUUCCCACCGUCGCCUCGCUUUAAAUCGCCCGUCCAUCGUGCAGAUCUGGAAAGAAUACACAUGGGUCGACCGAUUCGCGAGUCUCACAAAAGUUACAGCCGCGCACGGGCCCUCGAACGUGUCGCAUUGUCCUCGGGAACGUUCGGACUACCUAGCCCGGACGGAUGUGGUGACAGGAGGAGCCACACGCGUUCUUUCCAGUUUUGAACGGUGGUAGCCUCUCUCCCUCUCGAUCUCGAGUCCGACAUCGAUCUCCUGUGAGUACGCAGCGAGGUGUUCGCGAUUUUCGAUCCGGAAGAAAGGAAGCCGAGUGGGUUGCGUCCUCGUGUGCGUCCGCCGGAGUGGGCCCAGUACGCACGCUCAGGAGGGACGAAGACGCGUCAGGACGUUCCGGGGACGAUCUUCCGUGACGUUGUUGUCGUUAACGUUCUUUUCAGAGAGGGAGGGAGAAAGCUUACAGGUAGAGCGAGUCCGUGCCGCGGUCUAGUGUGCCUCUAGAGGCUCGUAGAGCGCGAUACGGAUCGGAUAGCAGAAACGCGGGGCUAAUUGCUGCUGCUCGGACGAUUUUUCGACCAGCCGACGAAGGAGGAAGGGAAGAAAGGAAGUGUGCUCGUUUCGCUUAUUCGGAAGAAGAGGAUGUCAUGGUGCGAUCGGAGGAUGUUUUCAUCGGGUUUCUUCUCUUCUUCGCUCGUUCGGCCGAUUAGCUCCGCGAUCGAUCUUGAUUUUCUCGUAAUCGUGCGUUCAUCUUUUUCCUCUGGUUCGUCGUUCUUAGGACGCGUGGGUGUUCGACGAAUAAUGCGUACGGAUCAGUGAACGGAACAGUGAGCUGCAAAGAGAUUUGAUCUACGUGGUUUGUGGAAAACGUGCGUGGAUUUUCGAACGAAAUACGUUCGCUUGGUUGUUUCGGAAGAUCGCUGACUGGUUUCGCUAUUGUUGCCGCGUUAAUGUUGUGAUCGCACGGCCUGCAGAGCUGUCAGACGGAUUGUGAAAUUUUACUGCCGUUCAUCGGAUCUCUGGUCACAAAAUGGGUUGUUUUGGGAGCAAAGAUAAGUUGAGUAAAGAGGACAUGGAUUUCCUCAAGUCACACACAAGAUAUGAUGAAGCAACCAUAAAGGAAUGGUACAAAGGGUUUAAACAAGACUGCCCGAAUGGUAGGUUAACGCCAGCGAAAUUCGUCGACAUGUACAAAAUGUUCUUCCCCUCUGGCAACGCGGAGGAAUUCUGUGAUCACGUCUUCCGUACAUUCGACAUGGACAAGAAUGGCUACAUCGAUUUCAAGGAGUUUCUGUUGGCCAUUGAUGUUACAUCUAGUGGUACGCCAGAAGAAAAAUUGAAAUGGGCUUUCCGCAUGUACGAUGUUGAUGGAAAUGGCGUCAUCGACAUUCAGGAAAUGACAAAAAUUGUGCAGGCGAUAUACGACAUGCUGGGCGCGUGUUCAAGUAAUAGACCGGCAGACAGUGCGGAGGAAAGAGCGAAAAACAUUUUCGCAAAGAUGGACGAGAAUAACGACGGUCAGCUAACUCAAGAAGAAUUUCUGAAAGGUUGCCUCCAAGACGAGGAGCUGUCAAAGAUGCUGGCCCCCUAAUUCGCAUACCAUUUUUCGGGAUCAGUCAUCGAUACGCUACUACCAAAAGACGUUCGGGCAACAUCGACAAAAACAAACGACAAACGAACGAUUUUUAUUACGAAACCUAACCUCACUCACGAUACGGCCGCUACGGCUUGAUCGGACGCCUACGGUUACCGGACAAAAACGAACACGAAGAACACGUUCGAACAAUAAUCUCAAAUCGAGUCGUCGAAUCACGUAAUUUUGAGAACAGUUAACUCACCGGAAAAAACGAUUCGUCGAUGGAACACGAACUAUGCCGAGAGAAGAAAGAAGAACUCAUCGGACGCGGCGGCAGCUUUUGAAAAUCUCGAAAUGGUGGGAAGAUUAUCGACGGAGAAAAUGUUUCGGUUUAUCGCCAUCUUGAUUCUAGCUAAACUGGAAAUGGCUUCUGGUUGUACGACCAGAUCGUAAUUGUGGAACUUUAACGGACGUUUCUCGUGAGAUCGAUGUUUCAAGGUAAACGGUUAAAUAACGAAUGUUUAUUCGACGGGAUCUUUCAGCGUUUCGCGAUUGAACACGGUAAGAAAAAAACGUAUUAACCUUUCGAUAUGGAACAACGAGGAUUUUCAGUGAUAGGUGACGUUCUGCGAGUGACAUCAGGGUGACACAACGAAUCGAACGAGAAGCUACUGGCUCUCGAUUUUCGGUCAAGAAAUGUUUUAUAUAAUGCUGGGGAUAUACCUCUAGCUAGAUAAAUGUGGACAUACGAACGAUCGAUUCAACUAUUUGUCUUUUGUUGCAACAGUUUAAAUCUGUUACUAUGGUGAUUAGAAGUUGUUGUCGUUGUGUCUUAUGCAUUGGCGUAACUAGGAUUUUUGAAUGGGGAAACUGGACAUGGUAGAAGUACCUAGGGAAAAUUUUGGCGUAGAUGGCUUAGGAUGUAGGUACGCGAUGAAUUUCUCUAGAGAACAUGGCGAUUUAAGAAAAAUGUUUUGUCAAAUUAGAAUACAUGUUGGAAAUUUAGAAAUUUUCGAAGUUUAAUGCUUGUAAGUGAAGUUUAGAAAUUAACAGAUUUGCAAAUUCGAAAUCUUCAUUUUAAAUUUGUAAAUGUUCGAAGUCCCAAAUAUGUAAAUUGUAAAAUCCUAUAAUUUCAAGAACUACAAAUCCUUAGGUUCUCAAAUCCACAAAUGCCCUAAUUCCUUAAUUAAAAAAUUCUAUCACACAGAAAUUUCCAAAUUUAUAAAUUCC